UCAGAUACGCAACAUUAUUUCAAAUAAUGCUACAAACCAAUUUCAAUCAAUCAUUCAAAACUGACACUGUCUUUGUAAUGUCACAUUUGCCAAUUUUUAUAUUUAUUUAUAUUUUAACUGUAGUUAAAGCUACACCAAAGAUCAAACCUUGCGACGAUCCAAACGAAAGCAUAAACGGAGUCGGGACAGUUCUAUUUACUCCAGCCGAUGUCUAUAAACAAUGCUGGUCUCUAGAGGAAAUAGCUAUAUUGACGACCAGGAUGAUACUAGAAGACUUACUGCCAGACGUAACAGUUUUCAACAUAGACAGCAACGCUUUUGUUGACGAUAUAGUUAGUUAUUUCCGGUUGUUAAUUGAAGUUGUGAAGACAGCCACCACUGGUCGAAAGAAACGAGUGACUCUUCUAGCGUUAACUGAUCUACUUGGAGGGUACUUGCAGUAUGCUGUUUUACCCCUGGCCCGGUAUGCGUUCUAUGCUGGUUUUAUUGAUUACACCAGCAUGGAAAAACUAAUCCAGCUCUUCGAAGAAAUCAAAUGGUUCCUGCGCACCAACGGUCAAGGCUGGCCGAAACCCCUGAAGACCACGCCGCAACUGACUAUAGAACCCAUAAAUUUUGAAACAGAAGCACCAAAAACACCGAGCUGCUGCAGCCAACUCUUUUAUAUGGAAUCGGAACAAAGUUCCCAAGGCGAGAAUAGUACCGCCACCACGGAAAUUAUAUUUCCUUUGCCGUUUUUUGACUCCAGGGUACGACCUUCAGCGGUAGCGGUACCGUUUAGGAGAUUCACAUUACGAAAUAUCGAGUCCAGGAGAGCCUCGCAUAUUAUACUCAAGUUUUUCAUAGCGGCCACCACGUGUUUGAACGAGAGGAAAUCCAGCAAAGCAACGACUUUAAAAUUUCACAAUAGUUUCUUCGGUUGGUUGAACAGAGACGUGUUAACUAAAAUUGAAGACGACAAAUUCUAUUCUGCUUUUGGAGGAAUACUGCGAAUAGAAGAAACGCUUAAAGCAAUGGGUGCUGUUUCUGAUGAAAGUACGUGUAUUCCUGAAGGUGAGCAAGAAAUAUUGGUUCCAGAAGCAGGAGUAUCACAUAAACACUUUACAUCUUCCGUUAUCUUGAUAGUAAUGUUGGUUAUAAUUUUACUCUGGUUCCUUAUUGGUACCAUCUUUAUUUGUCUUCGAAUGAGACGGUCUCAAAAGAAGCAAGAUGAAAAAGAUCAGACCAAGUCAAAUCCUACUUCGUCCUCGAGCUUAGGAACCAGUAAGUGGUCGUUGUUUUCCAAAAGCAAAUCAGACCGAAGUGUGGAAGGCAAAUGUAAAUGCUCAUCUAAAACGUCGGCGUCGGCCUUUAGUAGUUCCUACACAAGCGAUUACGAUUUAGAAGAAAGGAUUAAGAAGAGAAAACAGAAGCAAAGGGAUAAGGCUGUGACUAUUUGUUAUCCUCCUUAUUUAGGAGAAAAUUUAUAUAUGGAGAAAAACAGACCAGCUGUGAUAGACACUCAGACUACGAUGAAGAAGUUACCGUCUAUAGAAGAAAUUUCUGAAGUUACUACUGAAAAUAGGAGCCAGCAUCGAAAAUUAGAAGGAGCUGAUAAUUCUGUACACAUACAAGAACAAUCAAGAAAACACGGAACCACUACACCAGCUCAAAACAUACGUUACGCGACCCGAUGCCCAAACAUCAACUAUGCCAGUUCAUCAACUUCCAAACUUCGGAAGAAAAAACAACCGCCUGGAGGAAUGAUAAUAGAUGAAUGUUGGUGCGAUAUUUUACGUGGAGAAGAUGGAGAAAUUGAGUCUGUAACAUUGGACGAAUCAUUUCCUGGAGUCGAAGACGAUAUGAAAGGUGUACAGCAAAGACGAAGUACAGAUAAAACGAGAGUUAAUGAAAAUAGCACACGAAAAACCAGUCACGAGGACAAUACUAACUACUCUAAAGGGAUGGUUGUACUAAAACAUUCCAGUACAGAAAAAUCAAGAAGUGGUGAAAUGCCUCCAAUAUUGUCUGUGACCUUUAGCGGAGAAACGGAUCAAAGUGGACAAAAACUCGGAGAACCUGGAGAAGAUUCACAGGCAGCAUUUGAUGCCAGAUACGGGGUAAAUUCAGACUAUCACGAGCAACGGAAUCAUGAUCACACCGUUGCAGAUCUUUCCUAUGAGCAUUACCGUCCAGAAGAAUCGACAGCAGAAGAAACGUCCGAGGCGAAUACAGACAAAGAAAGGAUUUCUACCCAUCAGAACGCGUGUCAUUCUAGCUUAACUGGUACUUACUCCAAACAGAUGAAAGAUGGCAGACCGUUUAUUUUCGGAUACGAUCUUGAAACUUCCAGUUCGUCAGAUUUGAGUGAAGAAGAAACGGACUUAAAAACAUCUACUUCUAAGUAAAAUAGAGUAUAUUAUAUAUGUCAAGUAUUUUAUCAUGAAGUCUAUAAAAAUAAAUAUAUUUAAUAUAAA